GGUGCUUUCCUGACGGGAAGGCACCUGUCUGGCUCAGAGGCAGCCCGGCCAGGCAGUUCAUGUCAUCGGUCCCCAUGUGGCUUCUUACAGAGGCAGCAGCUCCUACCAAGCCAUCCGUGUGGGAGACACCGGAACCAUAUGGACUUUGCUCAGUGACUACAGUGGGCAUUUCACAAACGGUCAAGCUAUAAAGACUCAUGCUGGAUGUACUGUUGCAAAGGUAGUGGCCUGAAGGAAGACAGAGAAAUCCUAAGACAAGAUCAGGGCAUUAAACAAUGGCUUCGAACAGCUUCCCCCCCCCACCCCCCCUUUUUUUUUGUUUUAUUUUUAAAUUCUCCUAAUCACUCCCAGGGUGAACACGCGGAAGUGGUAAUUUUAAUCAGCAAUAUUGCCUGUGCUUCUCUUCUUUAUUGCACUAGGAAUUCUUUGCAUUCCUUACUUGCACUGUCACUGUUAAUUUUAAUGACAUGACUUGCCAAAAAUACGAUUGGCUGUAUACUGCAUUGAUCCAUGCCUGAAUAAUAGGAAAAGAAUUUGGAAAAAGGAAAGAAAACGUAACCGUCAGAUUUUAGCUGCAUUUUACGUGUACUGAUGUUUACAAUAAUGCUGAACAUUAGGAAUUUCUCGUUUAUACAAAACUUGCAAAUUAUUUAUUACAGUGCACUUGCCAGUUUUUAAACUGUACAGUGAGUGCAUAAAGUUAAAGCUUAUUUUUAUGUGGCCUCUUUCAUGAUUUUACACAAACGUUUUUGUAACACGAUAUAACCUGAAGCAUAAAUUGUUUUCUGUAUUAUCAUAUUACAACUCAAUAGUCACAUCUUAAGUGCUUCACAUUUGUAGGUGUGUGGUCUGUAACAUAUUUUCAGUUCAAAUAUGGAACAUAUAUAUAGCCAUUACUCACAGGACAGCGUGUCUAGUAUCUUACCGAGCUAGAGGAGGAAAGCAGUGGAGGAGUUAACUAGAAUUUUAGGUCAUGAAUGCUGUGGGGAGAAUGCAUUUUAUUUCUUCUAAGCUAUAUAAUAUGCAUUUAAACUCUGCCAGAAAAAUAACUAUUUUGUUUUAAUCUACUUUUUCUAUUUAGUAGUUAUUUGUAUAAAUUAAAUAGAAUGUUUUCAAGUCAAGCGAAAGUGUUUUAGUUCUCUUCCUGCCUCUUAGUGAUGUGUGCUGCUGCAGAGGUGGGCUCUGCAGUGCCGUGCUCGCAGGUAGGUGCAGUGGGGCUGAGCACGGAGCAGCUGAGUUUCAGCAGCCGCUGUUGAUGUGUGGUGCUGCUGGACACAGCUGUGUCCCAUAGCAGCGCGGCAGUGCAGCAGUGCUGGUGCUGUCUGUGCAGACUCACAGGGCAUGUCCUGCAGGAGCGCCUCUGAGCUCCCCUCUGCUUCCAGGGGGAGUUCAGCUGUGCUGCUGCAGGGCUCUGCCCAUCUGCUUCGUGCUCCCCUCAUCCCUCACUGCACACAGAGCAGCAGCUGGUCAGUGGCAGUGUGCUUUUGUCUGUUGGUUAACUUUCAUUCAGGGGCUUGAGAUCCUGCAGACAACCCCAGGAACUGGAAACGUGUCCAUUAUACUGUGACACCUGGAUCCGCAGUUUUUGGAGGUUCCCUUCUUUGCUGCAUACCCAGCAGGUGCUGUUUCUCGGUGAUUUCUCCUCCUUGGCCCCCUCUCCCCUGCCCUGCUCCACGUGGUGUGGUGUGCCCUUGGUUCCUGGUGCUGCUGUUUGGACUUAGCACUGCCUCUCAUUGGGUGCUGGGGGCUGGCCUGGUGUGACAGCCUGCAGUGUGGGCUCCUUGAUCACCAGUCACUGGGUCUGGUGAUUAUCCCUGGUGAGAAUCUGAGCAGAUCCAAUGCUGCUGCUGCCAAAAUGUGGGAUCUGAUUUUUCUUAAUAGGGAGUCAAAGGCUCUGUUGGCUCAGUGUGCUCUGGUUUGCCUUGAAUUGGUCUGGGUGUUCAGGGUGUGCUGGGCGGGCUGUUAAACAACUGCAGCUGGGGAGGGAAUCAGUCUGUUGGACUGGAGAGGGGAUACAAAUGGAGGUAACACGGAGCAUCUCAACGACAAAUCAGCAGUGCUAGCGAUGGCUUUCUGGUACCAGCUGUUGCCCCAGGCUCCUUAGUUCUCGCUGUCUGGUGCACACUUGUUGCCACGUGCAUCUGUGACAGAGCGCUGCUGUCCUCUGUGCGUGGAUGGGCUGUCCUGGACAGGGGAGCUGCGGUGUAAUAAGCCUGGAGCCUGGGCCUUCCCUGUCAGCAGAGUCAGGGGGGUAACCUGCUAUGGGAAAAACAAGUCAGAACCACCUCAGUAACCACUCAUUUAUUCAGGGUUAGACAGAGAUUAUCCAAGCAAGCUGCUGCCAGGGUAAAAAUAAACGAUUUUUUAAUUCAUUUUUAAAAAUGUUGUUUGAUGCCAGGCACCGGUGUGCCACAGUGAGCCCCUGUGCUUGGAGCUGCUGCUGGAAGCUUCCUUCAGUGUGUGGAGCUGCCCAGGGCUUCUGCUGAGCAAACCCACCUGCAUGCCCUGCAAAGGAGGUGUUUUUGGUUCACGCUUCGAACAUCGUGAAAUGUGAGCCGAUCAUUUUCAUUGAUGGAGCUGCAAACUUGCAUCAGGAGAAGCUCUCUGCGUGGGCAUUAAUGGUGUCAUCUUUAAGUAAAACGGAUAGUGCUCUGCAGCCUGCCCCAGUUCCCAAAGCGACAGGAUGGGUGCAUGGAUAAGGCUUUUUUAUUCUGUGCAAUCCCCAGAUUGUGUCACAGAGCAGAGUUGCAUCUUGCAGGGCUCCAGUGCGUGUGCCAGCUGUGCGAGCACACCAACUUCACCUGCCAGACGGAGGGAGCGUGCUGGGCCUCGGUCAUGCUGACCAACGGCAAGGAGGAGGUGAUCAAAUCCUGCGUGUCCCUCCCGGAGCUCAAUGCCCAGGUCUUCUGCCACAGCUCCAAGAACAUCACCAAGACUGAGUGCUGCUACACCGACUUCUGCAACAACAUCACCCUCCGCCUGCCCAUAGCCUCCGAGUCCCCCAGCCGUGCUGCCGUGGGUCCCGUGGUGCUGGCAGUGACAGUGGCCGUGCCCAUCUGCGUCCUGUCCCUCGUGGCAGUGCUGGCUGCCUGCAUCUGCCAGGGCCGGCGCUGCGCCCGCGGCAGGACGAAGCCGCCCAACGUGGAGGAGCCGCUCUCUGAGUGCAACCUGGUCAGCUCGGGCAAGACGCUCAAGGACCUCAUUUAUGACAUGACGACGUCUGGCUCUGGCUCUGGCUUACCUCUGCUCGUACAGAGAACCAUUGCAAGGACUAUCAUUCUGCAGGAGAUCGUAGGGAAGGGCCGCUUCGGGGAAGUGUGGCGUGGGAAGUGGUGCGGGGAGGACGUGGCUGUGAAAAUCUUCUCCUCGAGAGACGAGCGGUCCUGGUUCCGGGAGGCAGAGAUCUAUCAGACGGUUAUGCUGAGACACGAGAACAUCCUGGGCUUCAUUGCUGCUGAUAACAAGGACAACGGGACCUGGACCCAGCUGUGGCUCGUCUCUGAGUACCACGAGCAGGGCUCCCUGUUCGACUACCUGAACAGGGGCACGGUGACGGCGCAGGGCAUGGUGAGGCUGGCACUGUCCAUCGCCAGCGGCCUGGCACACCUGCACAUGGAGAUCGUGGGCACGCAGGGCAAACCAGCGAUCGCUCACAGGGACCUGAAGUCCAAGAACAUCCUGGUGAAGAGGAACGAGAGCUGUGCCAUCGCAGACCUGGGGCUGGCAGUGAAGCACGACUCCGUGCUCAACACCAUCGACAUCCCGCAGAACCCGCGGGUGGGGACAAGGAGGUACAUGGCUCCCGAGAUACUGGAUGACGCAAUGAACACCAACAUCUUUGAGUCCUUUAAGCGCGCAGACAUCUACUCUCUUGGGCUGGUGUACUGGGAGAUAGCACGGAGGUGCUGUGCUGGAGGGAUCACUGAGGAGUACCAGCUGCCUUACUAUGAUGCCGUGCCUUCUGACCCCUCGAUAGAAGAUAUGAGAAGGGUGGUUUGUGAGCAGAAGCUCCGACCGAAUAUUCCAAACCAGUGGCAAAGCUGUGAGGCACUGCGGGUGAUGGGCCGGAUCAUGCGGGAGUGCUGGUACGCCAACGGGGCCGCACGGCUCACUGCUCUGCGCAUCAAGAAGACCAUUUCACAGCUCUGUGUGCAGGAAGACUCCAAAACCUAACGGGUCCCGGCAGGAGGAGGGCACUGCGUUCUGCUGUUCAUCUGUUGACAUGUGAUAUCAUUUUUCUUUUUGGUCUACCUCACGUGAUGCAGGUCGGUAUUGAAGUGCCCGGAACAGAGCGCUGCCAUCUGGCUUCAUAGCUGGCCACUGGAAGGGGCUCAUUUUGACCCAUAGCUCUUGCUCUGUACAGCAAGCUGCGGGUUGGGCUGCCUGAGGAGGAUGGGACGCUAGGCGAGUAGCAGAAAGGAGCUUUAAACAUGUCGGUGUAAAUGUACCUUUUGCUGUUGUGCUUUCUAUCCUUGUCAAUCCCAAUGUACUGAGAGCACUGGGACUGCUUAAAGCACGUCUGCAAGGGAAAGCACGCACUCCAUCCUCAAACCCAGCAAAAGACCAAACUUCAUCAAGCUUUUUGCUGCUUUGACGCAAGGAUCUGAAAAGGGGCUGUCAGUAAAAUACAUUUCUAAAUACUGUAUUUGUCUUUACCUAAGCAAAUAAAGUGAAAAAGGUUUUAAACUGAGACAGAGGAGGUUUAGGUUGGAUAUGAGGAGGCAGUUUUUCCCCCAGAGGGUGGUGACGCACUGAACAGGUUGCCCAAGGAGGCUGUGGAUGCCCCAUCCCUGCAGGCAUUCAAGGCCAGGCUGGAUGUGGCUCUGGGCAGCCUGGGCUGCUGGUUGGUGACCCUGCACAUAGCAGGGGGUUGGAACUGGAUGAGCACUGUGGGCCUUUGCAACCCAGGCCAUGCUGUGGUUCUAUGAAAAUUCCACUGAGCGUAAAUAUUGUGAACAAAACCUUCUGUUUUUUUUACUGUUUUAAUUUUCUCAGUUUCACACGCAGUAUCACAGUGGGGAGUUGAAGUUACUUUGUUCCUUUCAUCUGAGCUGAGUGUAUCGAUCAAAGGCCGAUUGAUUUAUUACUAGGAAAGAUAGUGCAGGCAAUAAUUUCCUGGUGAAUACAUAGGAACGGAAUGGGAGAAAUUCUACCGAAGCUGAGAAAGUGUAUAUCUUAAGCAGCUUCUUAGAAGUCUCUAAGACUUCUGUCCCACUCCACGGCCUGUGUGUUUGAGUGCAGUGUUCUCGUGCUUUUGAUGGCCAACAUCACACCUUGUGCAACAAUCUUCUUCCUGUGGGCGUUUCUAAUUCCAGGUGGUCAGAGAAGUUAAACCCAGGGAUGUCCCCAAGUAGUGAAGGUUUGCAGAAAUCUGCAGUAGCACCACAGCUCUGCGGAAGUGAGAUUUUGGCUAAUUGUGGUCCUUAAGUUCAAUAUUUGUCAUAGAAGCUCUUGAACAGGGGCUUCUGUGUGGAGGAAUGGGCUGAACUUCUAAUGCGUGGGAUGAUCAGUAUUAUCAGUAUUCCAUGUUUCCUUCUGACGCACAAACAGGGAUUUUAUGGGCUCUUAUGGGUGCUAAUUGCCCCAUAAAUAGGAUGUAGUGGGACGUGUCUCCUUGAAUAACUUCUGUCUGCUUCUGCUUGUGUUGAGCAGUGCAAACCUUUGCCUUGUUUCGUGGUCUGUUUGCUGAAUGGUGACAGUAUUUCUACCAGAUUGCCAGUAGAAUUUGCCAGCAUGCUUUCUGAGAUGUAACCACACUCAUCAGAUAGAUUUUACUCUCAUCUGCUUCUGCUGCAUGAAAUAUACCAAGAGUUCAACAGAUGGGUACUUCCUAAGAUGCUGCAAGUGUGUAAUCCCAAUGGUGGUACUCAGGAUUCGCAAACCUGAGGUUCAGAGUUUGCUCCUAUUGAGAAUGACUUGAAAAAACCCCUUUGUGCUGCAAAGGCUGUCUGGUAACCACUGAGAUCAGCUCCCUGAAACUGUACAACAAUUGAUCUGAAACUGAUAGCAGUGGGCUCAGAGUCCUUUCUCUGAGCUUUGGUUCCUUUGUGCCACCCUGGGAGGGGCACUGCGAGGCUCCCACGAGGAGCACUCUGCUUUCCCUGCUUUUCCCUUGGCUCAGUACUUUUUGCAGUGGGUUUUUUUUGCCUUUUGUUGCGAGGUGAAUGUACAUCUUAACAAACUGGAGGUCAACAUAAGGGAGCUAGGUGGCCAAUGUUGCUGUAUGGGGCUUUAAAAUGUUUGUAAGCUGUACCCACCCUUUAAAAACACAACAAAUCAUUUGUCUUGUUGCCCUUUCCCUCCAUGUAAAUGCUCUGUUUAAAAACAGAGGUUCUGCUCAGUUACUUCUUUGCUCCUUAGGGAGCCCUGGGCUUCUGAAGAGAGAGAUUACUAUCUCUGCUGCUAACCUGCACCCAAGCGCAGACUCCUCAGCCCCUGGCAUGUUUCAGGCCUGGGGAUGCUGGGGGCUGCUCAUCAUCCAGCCCUCCCAGCCCAUCCAACCCAUUAUUCUCACCUGGAGGAAUUACUUUAUAUUUUUUUAAGCUUACUAGUAGUAAAAGCCUACAAUGUCGUGUGCAGAACAUGAACUGAAAGGGAAAGUUAAUUAACGAACAUUUUCUCUACCUCCCCAUUUAUUUCACGUCUCCAAAAGUCUUCCCCCACAAAAUACCCAACAAGAAACUCAAACUGUGAUCUCUUCUUCAUUUUGCUGUCUUUAUGGUCAUUCGCACUCGACCAGCCUCAUUCCCUCACAUAACCCCAUAACAAAUCCCAUCACACACCACUUAUGUCUGUUGGGAAGUGGGGAGACACCGCUCUGUGUGCUCAGAACCUUUUAUGGGCACAUGGGGGAGGACAGCAGUGAGAGUACAGUGCAUUUCUGCAGGACAUGAGACGUGCAAUAAGUUGUAACCAAAGCCUCUGAAUGUAUUUUUGGCAUAAAUAGACGGAACGUAUUUUGAAUGUAGCUAUCAUCUUUGUGUCUAAAUCUGCUCUGGUUUUUUUCAGUCCCCAAAGAGAAAUGCGUGGCAUUUUGUCAUCUUGUGAAAGCAGCUUGGGUUGUCUGUUUUAUACAGAAGCACUCGUAUUUGGUCUGGAAGGACUGUGAUAUUUUAGACUUUAGUGAUGAAAUUCAAUCUGCACCUUGUGAGAUGCCCAAUCUUGUGGACAGUGCAGCAAGUUCUUUUCAAAACUGUUGCUAAAGCUGCUGCUGGAUGUAAAUAAUUUGUUGAGAUGCUGUAUUUUGUAUGCGUAUUUUACAGACCAAUUAUACUCUCAGAAAGGUGCGGAGAUUUUAAUAAAUUGAGCACACACUGCUGUUGUGUUGCCAUGAAGUGCA